UCGUCCGAGGAGUUUUAAUUGUUGGAAGAUUGUUUUAGACGUUAUGUUCCAGCGGGCAUAACGUCUACCAAAUUACUAACUGGAUUUAGGAGACGCGACGCGGCUGAGCUGCCUGUCCGUGCUGCGCCAAAUGGAUCGUGUCCGGACUCCUUGAAGGAUCGCUGCCAAAGUUGUUUAAAAUGCUUCAGCACUGAAGAAGACGCGAAACUGGCUUGUGAAUAUAUCUCUCAGCACUUUCCGCAGACUGGUAUUUACACUGCACUGGGCCUUUUUCUGGGCUGUUUUGCACUGCUUUCCACCUGCCUGAUAUCUAAGUACCCCGGAGUGAAAGAUGGCGGAAAGGGCCCCUUGGUGGAGGGCGUUCCUGGUGAAGAGGAAGAGUGUAGGGGGCAAGGAUGCAGGUCUUGCCUCAGACUUUGACCCUUUUGCAUCACAGCCCGAGAAGCCAAAGGAUCCCAUCGUUGCCUCCAAAACUGCCAACGACCAGCCUGCUCUGCAAGCCCAGCAGGGAAAGCCGCAGCAGCCGGAGCAGGGUACCAGUCUCCUCAGCGAUGAGACCUACGAUGAUUCUCAGCUGGACUCGGUCUUCAAUGAGCAGACCUGUCGCAGAAACAUGAGGGUGUCGCGCUCGGGUCGCUUCAAGGAGAAACGAAGGGUGCGUUCUAGCCUUCCAAUUGAAGAGGAGAGGGACAAGACGACGUCUGCCAAAGAGGACCAACGAUGA